UCUUUACUCUAUGCUUCUCCGGCACUAUUUGUAUACUAUGGCUAUUUCAGACACCAAUAUUGACGCCAAGGAUCGCACUCGUCGGGGAUCCGCGUCAUCAAACCACAGCCCCGAUCAUCAGGAUACCGACAACAGCGACGCCUCCCUGGAUGCCAGCGGCACCACCAGCGAUAGCGAUGCUAGCUCUCUACAGUUUGUACGCAACUUGGUCAUUCCGGCAAAGUACAGGCGCACUGUGAAGCAUAGCCCGAGGGCUGUGGCUGCGAGAGCUACGAAUUACGGCAGUGCCUCUACCAGUAGGCAGUCCCAACUAUCACCUGCAGAAGUCCACUUGAUGCCCUUGCUAAAGCGCAGCGCCGAGAACGACGAGUUGCAGACACCACGUGCCCGCACACGUACCACGGUGGCGGCACGCAUGCGUGAUACCGAGCGCACGGUGCAUCGCUCUGCCGCCAUGACGUCAACCAAGAAAGCGUUCUUCCUCUUGCUGAAAUCACGGAUUCCGCACGGCUACAGUGAGAUUGGCCGCCGCUUACCGGGAUUUGCUUGUGCUGGCACGAUCUUUGUGGCCACCAAUAUCCGCGACCUCUUCAAUGCAGCAACAGACUGCCAGUACCGCUAUUCGCUCAGCUUCUGGGGGCUCUCGUCGUUUGCGCUGUUUGGCGACUUGUUUGUGCUUGGCGGCAUCGUCUAUGUCUUUGUCAUGGAUAUCAAGAAAAUCAGUACGCUGGGCACAGGCUUUGUGCGCAAGUUCAACCCCGAGGACUAUUCGCUGUUCCUGGGCACUGCCGCGUACACCUUUGAAGGGUACGCGAUGAUCCUGCCUAUUGCUGACUCGAUGCGCAAACCAGAAAAGUUCCCGCAGAUCCUGACCAUCGUCAUGGCUCUGUGUGGCCUCAUCACCGUCACCAUCGGCUCUGUAUCCUAUUUAGCAUACGGUGAAGAGACGGAGGCAAUUAUUCUGCUCAAUAUGCCCUCUGGUACAGCAGCAACCUUGACUGUGCAGCUCCUGUACUCGAUUGCUAUGCUGCUGACAAAUCCUCUGAUGGUGUACCCGGCUAUUCGUACCCUCGAGCACUGGCUGUUCCCGCGCCGCUCCGGAAAGCACAACGUGGGCGUGAAGAUGCAAAAGAAUGCAUUCCGUACGUCAUUCCUGCUGGCCGUUACUGCAAUUGCUGUGUUUGGAUUGGACCGACUCGAUAAGCUUGUGGCAAUCAUCGGCGGCUCUGGCAUGCCUGUCGCAAGGACAACCCGUGCCAAGGUCAUUGAUCUGGCACUUGCGGGCUUUGGCGUGGUUGCAUGUGUCUAUGUCACAUACAACGCUAUUAAGAGAUGGGGUAUCGCAGUGCCGCCGUCCUGAUUUCUGCGAUCUCACACCAUGAAAUUACGAUGUGAAAUGACGAACCUUGGCAUGCUCUGGGUUGACUUGUAUACCAAUAUGCAUAUACUUUUCAGAGUGGGGAGGGCAGCCAAAUAUGUCCAGCCGGACUCAUUGUUUCUCUAUUCAGUAAAUGGCAUUAUUCC